AAAAGACUUGAAGAGUCCAUGGGGGCUGUUCAGAUGGGGCUGGUCAAAAUGCUUAAAGGGUCUCAAAGCAAGGUUUUGCCACCCCUGAGUCCGAAGGUGGUUACAGAAGAAGAAGUGAACCAGAUGCUGACACCCUCAGAGUACCUGAAGGAAAUGUCUCUCACCACCGAGCAGAGAUUGGCAAAUACACAUGUGAUCUGCAGGCCACAAAUCAUCGAACUCUUAGAUAUGGGAGAAACAACACAUCAAAAGUUUUCAGGAAUUGACCUGGAUCAAGCAUUGUUCCAGCCCUUUCCAUCAGAAAUUAUAUUUCAGAACUAUACUCCCUGUGAAGUCUAUGAGGUUCCACUGAUUUUGAGGAACAAUGAUACAAUUCCAAGGAUGGUGAAAGUUGUUGAGGAAAGUUCACCUUACUUUAAAGUUAUCAAGCCUAAAGAGAUUGGCCACAAAGUGGCCCCAGGGGUGCCGUCCACAUUCCGAAUCCUCUUCAGUCCAGAGGAGAACAAGGAUUAUGCCCAUAUGUUGACGUGCAUCACUGACAGAGAAAAGUUUAUUGUGCCCAUCAAAGCAAGAGGCGCGCGAGCCAUCCUCGACUUUCCUGACAAGCUGAAUUUUUCCACUUGCCCUGUCAAAUACAGCACUCAGAAGAUUCUGCUGGUACAAAACAUUGGCAACAAGGAUGCUGUGUUUCACAUCAAAACCCGAAGGCCGUUCUCCGUAGAGCCAACUGUGGCUACUGUUAAUGUGGGAGAGUCCAUACAGCUGGAAGUGGAGUUUGAGCCACAAAGCGUGGGCAAUCACAGUGAAAGGCUGAUCGUGCAUUAUGACACAGGUGAAAAGGUGUUCGUAUCUCUCUAUGGAGCUGCCAUGGACUUGAAUAUAAGGUUGGAUAAGAAUUUUUUGACCAUCGAGAAAACCUACAUAACUCUAUCCAAUCAGCGAACUAUAACGAUUCACAACCGCAGUAACAUCAUUGCCCAUUUCCAGUGGAAAGUAUUUGCUACCCAGGAAGAGGAGGAAAGAGAAAAGUAUAGGAGAUGUGAUGAUCUGAUCAAGGAGGAAAAGAAAGAGACCGACAUGUUCCUUGAAGAGUGCAUUGUUGAUCCUUCGCUCCGAGAACGUCUUUCCAUCCUCUCCCGCACCUUCAAGAAUCAGAGGAGGCUGGUCCAGGAAGACAACAUGUUCUUCCUGAAUAACAUUUUCACAGUCGAUCCCCUGGAAGGCGAUGUCUGGCCCAACUCAUCGGCCGAAAUCACUGUGUACUUUAACCCCCGUGAAGCCAAGCUCUACCAGCAGACCGUUUACUGCAACAUCUCAGGCCGAGAGAUCCGUCUGCCUCUCCGAAUCAAAGGGGAAGGAAUGGGACCCAAGAUUCACUUCAACUUUGAAUUGCUGGAUAUAGGAAAAGUUUUCCUUGGCUCUGUACAUUGUUACGAGGCGAUACUGUACAACAAAGGCAGCAUUGACGCCCUGUUCAACAUGAUCCCAAAAACUUCAGCUUUAGGGGCCUGCUUUGUUUUCAGUCCCAAGGAAGGCAUCAUCGAACCGAGUGGAGUCCAAGCUAUCCAGAUCUGCUUCAGCCCUACCAUCCUAGGGCACUUCGAGGAAGACUUCCUGGUUAACGUCAAUGGGUCACCUGAGCCCGUGAAAUUGACCAUCAGGGGCUGCGUCAUUGGGCCUACCUUCCAUUUCAAUGUGCCUGCACUUCACUUUGGUGACGUUGCCUAUGGGUUUUCUUACACUUUGAUGUGUUCACUCAAUAAUACUUCCUUGGUUCCCGUGACCUUCAAACUGCGUAUCCCUGGGGAUGGCCCUGGCCAUCAGAGCAUUUCAAAUUGCGAGCUGUGCUCAGACAACAAAAGACCAUCUUGGACCAAGGAAGAAGCACCCACCAUGAAACCACAAGAAUUCACCAUCACACCCAACUCUGGCACCAUUCGCUCCCAGGGAUUUGCAGCUAUCAAGGUGACCCUGUGCUCCAACACGGUGCAGAAGUAUGAGCUGGCACUGGUGGUGGACGUGGAGGGCAUUGGAGAAGAAGUCCUGGCACUCUUAAUUACAGCCAGGUGUAUUGUACCUACCCUCCGAUUGGUUGAUGAAGAAGUGGACUUUGGGCGCUGCUUCCUGAAGUAUCCAUAUAAGAAAAUGAUUCCACUUGUCAAUCACAGUGAUCUCCCAGGAUACUACGAGGUCCUGCCUCAGGUGUAUGACAGUGCUCCUGCUGUGCUGCUUUCCAGUCCCACCCCUUGUGGGGUCAUCCCUCCCCGGAGCACCAUGCAAAUACCGCUGAUCCUGGAGACCCAGGUCAUUGGAGCACACAGGUCCACAGUUUACAUCUCCAUCUUUGGGAGCCCAGACCCUCCUGUGGUAUGUUACUUGAAGAGUGUCGGAGAAGGCCCAGUUAUCUACGUACAUCCCACUCAAGUGGAUUUUGGGAAUAUCUAUGUCCUCAAGGACUCUUCCAGAAUUCUCAACCUGUCUAACCAAUCCUACAUUCCUGCAUUAUUUCAGGCACGCAUGGCACACAAAAAUUCCCUAUGGACAGUUGAACCCACGGAAGGCAUGGUUCCCCCAGAAGCGGAUUUUCAACUGGCAGUGACCGCCAACCUGAAUGAUGUAAUGACAUUCAAAGACACAGUCAUCUUGGACAUUGAAAAUAGCAACACCUAUCGGAUUCCUGUCCAGGCUUCAGGAAUCGGUUCCACCAUUGUUUCAGAUAAGCCCUUUGCUCCAGAACUCAAUUUGGGGGCGCAUUUUAGCCUGGAUCCUCAUUAUUACCACUUCAAGUUGACCAACAAGGGACGUCGGGUCCAACAGUUGUUCUGGAUGAACGAUGAUUUCUGUCCACAAGACAAGCUGAAACAGAAGGGACAGGUUAAAAAGAGAUUUGCUGAUGGUCUGCCCCAGCCCCACUGCUCCCAGAAGCCGGGGAAUGCACACAGCCCCGUGUUUCAGCUCCACCCCGUCAGGAUGGAGCUGCACCCAGGCCAGACAAUCGACGUGACACUUGAAGGCUACUCUGCUGUUCCCAGGAUGGUCAGAGAAAAGCUGGUGUGCCACGCCGUCAUCGGGACCCAGAAAGGAAAGAGCUUGCUGAUGGCCGUGAAUAUCAUCUGUGAGUUUGUUGCACCUGUUAUCCAGCUCUCCACCAAGCAGCUCGUUUACCGCCUGGAGAAGAAGCCCAACACUAUCCUGGAACCUGAUUACCAGCCUGUGGUCAUAAAGAACGUCUCCACCCUGCCCGUGAACGUGUUGCUGUCAACAAGCGGACCCUUCUUUCUGUGUGAGAGUGACAAGUCCCUGCUGCCCGUCACCCCUGAGCCAAUUAAACUGGAUAUUGGAGGAGAAAAAAGGCUGCUGGUCAAGUUCGACCCUUCCUACAGAAAUGAUCUAAACAACUGGGUGGCAGAAGAAAUUCUAGCAAUUAAGUAUGUGGAACACCCCCAAGUAGACAGCCUGAGCCUGCGUGGAGAAGUUCAUUACCCCAAUCUCUGCUUCGAGGCCAUGGAGGUGGAUUUUGGCUGCAUCCUGAAUGAUACUGAGGUCAUUCGCUACAUCAGAAUCACCAACUGCAGCCCGCUGGUCGUGAAGUUCCGCUGGUUCUUCCUGGUGGACGGCGAGGAAAAUCAGAUAAGAUUUUUACCCUGCAUGAAACCCUACAGUACCCUCCUGUCCCAGAUCGAGUCCAUCCCAGCAACAUCUGCAUCUGGCAGCUUAGCAGCAGUCCCAGCAACAACGGAGUCCACGGAGAUGGAUUUAAGUGAUUCCAUUAAGACCAUUCUGGGCGACGAGGAUGCUGGGCCUGAAGAAAGAGAAUCCAGAAAGAACAAUGCACCUGCCAUGAUCUCAGAGGGAGCAAAACCUUGCUCUGCUGAAACAGAAAGGACGCAGAGCCAGCUGGAGUGUCAGGAACCCCCAUGGACCUUUGAGCAGGAUGAGAUGCUUUCCAUUGGGAUAGAAGAAGUGUUCGACAUUCUGCCCCUCUAUGGGGUGCUGCAGCCACACAGCAGCCACCAGAUAUCCUUCACCUUCUAUGGUCACUGUGACAUCGUUGCCCAGGCCAAAGCUCUGUGCAAAGUGGAAGAAGGGCCCACCUAUGAGAUAAUACUAAAGGGAGAGGCAUCCAUAAUCAACUACUCCUUCGACACCACAUAUAUUAACUAUGGAUUACAGCUGUUUGACCACGUCACGGAGCAUGAAAUCACACUGACAAACCUCGGGAAGGUUGGCUUUGACUUCAAGGUUCUAACUAACCACCAGUCUUCACCAGACGUCCUUGUCCCGGGAGUGCCCUUCAUCCAGCCUUCCUCGGGUUUUAUCAGUUCGCAUAAUGAGCAGGUGUUAAAGAUUUCCUACCUACCUGGAGUACCUGAGGUAUUUCAAAGAAGUUUCCAGAUACAGAUUGCCCAUCUGGACCCAGAAAAUAUCACCAUCAGUGGAGAGGGAAUUUUUCCUCGAAUCAGUCUUGAUCUCCCCAGAAAUCUCAGAGGCACUGAAAAGUAUGAAAUCUUCUUGAACCAGGCCAGAAAAAACAUAGAAAAGGAGUACAGUAAAUGUGAAACUCUUGAUCACUUUGAGAUACUAGCUGAAGAAAUGCCAGAGGAUGAAUCUACUGAGUUAAGUGCUCAUCUCCAGAUGGAAGUAGAGCGACUUAUAGUCCAAAGCUAUUCACUAGAAUAUCAGAAAACAGUCAUCCCUCCUCCCAUGGAGGACACGUGCUUCAGUCAUCGGAAUCGCCGCAGGCUAGCCAAAAUCCAGCUGCCAGAGUACAUCCUGGAUUUUGGCUACGUUGUCCUUGGUGAUGUCCGAACCCACAUCAUCAAGAUCACCAACACCAGUUACUUUCCAGUGUCCUUCCAUGCAGAAAAGCGUGUCCUUCAUGACACAGGCUUCAGUACCGAGCUAGAUCGUGUGAAGAACCUGCCUUACGGUGAAACAGAAACAUUUGAAGUGAGAUUUGAUGCACAAGGAGCCAAUCUUGCCAUUGGAAACAAAGAAGUCAUUCUGCCCAUCAAGGUGGUUGGAGGGCCAACAGUUCAUAUCCAUCUCCAAGCCAAGUUGGCUAUCCCAAAUAUGAUGCUGUCUUGUGGAAAAGUGGAUUUUGCCGCAAUACAAUGUGGACAAUGCAUGGUGGAAACAAUCCAACUUUCCAAUAGUCUCCAAGUCCCUUGUGAAUGGUUUGUUCACAGCCAAAAGCCUGUUAACAAGCUGGAAAAACACAUGCCAAAGUACUUAAGACGGAAAGUGCAUCCUGGAUUAAAGCCAACAGCGCAGAUCUUUGAGAUCCAGCCCGCUUCUGGAGUCCUGGAUCCCGGUGAGAAGUCCAACGUGCAAGUGAAAUUCAUGCCAAAAGAAGAGAGAUUCUAUAGCCAAACCCUGAUGUUCCAGAUUGGCCAGAGUGCUCAGAAGCUUACUCUGCUGGCACAAGGCCAAGGUCUGCAGCCAUGCCUAGAAUUCAUUCCUUCCGUUCUGGAGCUGGGGCCGCUGCUGCCUUACGCGCCUGGAGACGAGGCCGAGGUGGUGGUGAAGAAUCCCUGCAACUUCCCCAUUGAGUUUUACUCCUUAGAAUUUGACCAGCAGUAUCUCCUAGAGGAGAAGAUGUUGCGAAAGCUGAAGGGCUAUGAUUCCCACAACACCUUGCUGCUGCCUCCCCGCGCCCCGGGGGAGAAGCUGCCCAUGGAAGUGUAUGAGUACUUUAAGGAGAUGAAGAGGUCAAAAGAGGAGCAGAUGAAGGCCAAAUACCUGGACAGUAUGGCACAGGAAAAUGAAGAUGAAGAUUUGUUCUCAUCAGAGCAGGGCACCUCACCCAGCACGAAGAGGACGUCACUCAGCCAAGGAAUCUCUCUCACAUCCAACCUGGGAGAGCGCCACCCUUUGGCUGAUUCCAGAACCUACCCAGAUGAAGAUGAAGAUGAGGAAAGCCUGGAAAAACUCAUAUUUCAAACCGACAAGAUUCAAAGCAUUGACAGCCACUCCGCAGAUGAAGUCGGAGAGGUGGAAAACAACCCAGUGAGCAGGGCGAUCGCGCGCCACCUGGGCAUCGACAUUUCUGCAGAGGGCCGCAUGGCCAAGAACCGCAAGGGCAUUGCCAUUAUCAUCCAUGGGACCCCAUUGUCAGGGAAGACGGCCAACGCCAUCAACAUGGCCAAGUACUACAACGCAGCGUGCCUGAACAUUGACUCCGUUGUGCUGGAAGCCAUGUCUGACAGCAGUAACAUCCCAGGGAUCCGAGCUCGUGAGCUCUGCAUCAAGGCUGCCAUAGAGCAGUCCAUGAAGGAAGGAGAAGAGUUCGCCCAGGAAACUGCUCUGGGCCAAAACAUCCUGGGACAAGCACGACUGAGCUCUGAGAACCUGGGCAAGCUAACCUCAGAAAUCACGUUGCUGACCCCGGAAAUGAAAACUGGGAAGAGCUUGCGCGGGAGCCUGUUGCUCUCCAAAGGCAAGGCGGACAGCCAUGGCUCUGGGUCGCAGAAGCAGCAUCACCCCCACCAGUCCGAAACGCCACAGGUGCAGAUUUCCUGCAGCCCUCUCCUCGCGGGGCCCACCCCACGCCGGCUCAGCGUCAGUGCCAGUGUGGGAGGUGAGACAGGGCUGGUGAGCUGUGUGCUGCCUGAGGAACUCCUCGUGCAGAUCCUGGCUGAGCGGAUACAGAUGAGCGACUGUUACCGAGGGCUGGUGUUUGACAGCCUGGACACCCUCUUUGCUCGGAACGGGACUGCCGCCCUCCUCUGCCUGCUCAAGGCCAUCGGCAACCGGGAGCACAUCUACGUCAUCAACAUGGCCCAGGAUUACAUGGCCAUGAAGGCCCAGGAAAAGGCCAAGAAGGAACAGGAAGAGCACAGACGCAGGGAAGCUCUUCAGAAAGAGAAGGAACGUCUCCAGAACAUGGAUGAAGAGGAGUAUGACGCCUUGACGGAGGAGGAGAAAAUCACGUUUGACCGAGAGGUUCAGCGGGCGCUCCAGGAGAGGAAGAAGAGGGAGCUGGAGAGGCUGGCCAAGGAGAUGCACAGGAAGAAGCUCCAGCAGGAGCUCGAGCGCCAGAAGGAGGAAGAGGAGCUGAAACGGAGGUUCAAGAAACCCAAGCAGGGGCCAGUAAAGGAGGAGGCCGCCGCAAAGAAACCUCAAGCUGCGAACAAGCAGGUUCUCACAUCCGCCAAAGCAGAUAUCAAGAUGGAUUCCCUCGAAAGGAAAGUGUCUGUCAGGGAGCAAGCGGCAGCUGAGAAGGAAGAACCGAGCAAGAAGAAGAAAACGGCGGCGGACGGCAGCACGCUCGGGUUUCCUGUCGUCCAGGAGCAGGAGGACAGCGAGGGGGACUUCCCCAAGGACACCGACAAGCAGCUGGCCCAGAAGUUCAAGGUCUACGAGUUGAGCCUGAAGGACAUCCAGAACAUCCUUGCGUCCUGGGACCGGAAGCAAGGCAUCCCACUGCAUCACGCAUGGCUGGAGGAGGCGCCCCACGAGCCCGACGACCAGCGCCAGGUGCCCUCGGGCGGGCGCCGGGGCCGCAAGGAGCGGGAGCGGGAGCGCCUGGAGAAGGAGCGAGCGGAGAAGGAGCGCCAGGAGCGGGAGCGGGCCGAGCGGGAGCGCCUGGAGAAGCUGCGGGCCCUGGAGGACCGCAGCAACGGCGAGGGAGACGGGGAGGAAGAGCGCGAGGGCAAGAAGGACCUGGGCGUGCCCUUCAUCCACAUCCAGGUCCUGGACGCCGAGGGCUCCAGCUGGAAGCAGGCGCUGGACAGUGACAAGCUUCCCAAAGGCGACCAGAUCCUCGAGAUCCUGGGCCUGGGCUCCUGUGGGCCACCCAUCCCGCCCCCCACCUUAUUCUCAGUGGUCUCCUACCCGGUGAAGCGGCUGUCGCCAGCCACGACGGACAUCAUGAAGCACUUCGUGUUUGUGACCCCACCCUCUGAUGAUCUGUCCCUGCUGGACGAGAAAAAAGAAGUAGAGGCAGAAGCAGAGCUUUUAACGGCCGCCAUCACCCUGAAGGUGACAGAAGAGCAGACCGCCUCAUCCAAGGGGGCCAGACAGAAGCUGAAAGAAAAAAUAGAACAAAACCGUGAGCCUCAGAAGGACAAACGCCGCAUGGCCUUCAACAGGAAAGGCCUUUCUGGGGGAGCCACGGGAGCCAUCGCCCCCCUGUCAGACAUCGAGCAGAACAACUUCAGUGAGCAGCACUCCCAGGAGAAAUUCACCAGGCUGAAUCACUUUCGCUGGAUCGUGCCGGCCAAUGGUGAGGUCACACUGCGAGUGCACUUCUAUUCUAAUGACACUGGGAACUUCGACCAAAUGUUUAACUUUGAGAUCCUCGGAACUCGCUGCCAGUACCAGCUGUACUGCCAGGGCGUGUGCACCUACCCACACAUUUGCCAGGACCCGAAGCUGGUGUUCCCUCAGUGUAAGAAAAACAUGAAGAUAAGCGAAGUCAUCUUCAAGAAGUACAUUGUUAGCAUGGAGAGGUAUUACUUCGGGCCCCUGCUUUGUGGAAAGUCAAGAGAUAAGUACAAGUCUUCCUUGUUCCCGGACAAUGUGGAGACACUGACGAUCCUCAACAAUUCCCCGAUGGUGGUGGAGGCAUUCUUCUGUUUUCAGAACGACGUCAGAGCGAGCACCUACUUCCUGGAGCCUGUCAACAUGAUUCUGAAACCCAGCGAGAAGCAGAUGCUAAACGUGUGGGCCUACCCUACCGCAGUGGGUACCUUUGAAGACAGCAUUGUCUGCUGCAUCAAGGAGAACCCCGAGCCCGCCAUCUUCAAACUAAGCUGCCAGGGAAUCCGCCCAGAACUAGAACUGGACCCCAGGCAGUUACAUUUUGACCGGCUCUUGCUGCACAGAAAAGAGUCCAAGGUGGUGCUUCUCCGCAACACCAUGCCCCUGCCUGUGGCCUGGCGGAUCACCAGCCUGGAGCACCUGGGCGAGGACUUCACCGUGUCCAUGACGCAAGGCAUCAUCCCGCCCAGGGCGGAGUAUGGCCUGCACGUGUACUUCCAGCCUUCCAAACCUGUCAACAUCAAGAAGGCCAUCCGGCUGGAGGUUCUAGACGCAGAAAACCUUGUUGGUGUCGUUCAGAUUGAAAACAUCCUGAUCUUCGCCGAAUCGUAUGACAUCGCCUUGGACAUCACCUUCCCCCGAGGAGCUGAAGGAGGACUGGACUUUGGCAUAGUCAAGGUCAUGGAGGAGGUGAAGCAGCCUCUACAACUGAAGAACCGCGGGAAAUACGAGAUCGUGUUCAGCUUUUCCGUGGACUCCUCGGGGAUUUCAGUGACCAACCUAAAUUCCAUGAUCUCUGUCCAACCCAAAAAGGGCUCACUAACCAUAACAGAAAAGCCCACAAAUGUGCAGGUGUUCUUUUGUGCAAAAAAGGAAGUCAAGAUCGAGCACCAGCCUGUUCUGCGCUGUCAGAUUGUGGAGCCCAAUAUUGCAGACGGAGGUGAGAUCAUCGCCAACAUCCCAAUUAAGUUUUCCGUGAAUGCAGUGUACUCCAAGUACAACAUCAGCCCCUCGUCCAUCAUCAACUUUGGGGCCUUGAUCUGCGGCACACGUAAAAGCACCACGUUCACCAUAGAAAACCAAGGCAUCAUUGACUUCAAGUACGCCCUGUACAGGCUGACAGGGGAGAACCCCACUCAUCAGAAGAAAGCAGCCACUCACAUAAGACACGCAAGGACCCGGGAAAGCGAGAGCUUCUACAAGACGGGCACCAAAGCAGCCAAGUUCUCCGACUCAAUUCAGAAAGAAGUCAACAUCACCAGCCAGGCCCGCUUCUCCCACGGGAUGUUCACCGUGUACCCCGGCUUUGGCUCCAUCCCUUCCGGAGGGCAGCAGGUGAUCACCGUGGACUGUGUGGCAGACCCCGUGGGGAGAUGUGAGGAGUUCAUCGUCAUCGAUAUCACCGACCGAGACCCCGUGGACCAGCCUGGCGGCAUUACUUACACGCUGCUGGCCGAAGCCUGUCUACCAGCCUUUGUGACCGACAACAAUGCCUCCAUCUUUGAGGAGCACCAGAUCUGCACCAGCCCCAACCUGUACCACAUCCUGCAGACCAUAGAGAGUGGGGGGCUGUUCGUGGAGGACGAGAACAAGUUCAUCUUCUGCAACGUCCUCGUGGGCCACCAGGCCAAGGCACGGUUCAAGAUCAGCAACGUGGGAAAGAUCGCCUGUGAUGUCAACAUUGUGGUGAAGCCCAUCUCCAAUAAGGCUGUUGCACGCAUCGUUGACAUCUUUGAUGUGGAACCCAGUAAAAUGUGCGUGGGCAGUCGCUCGCACGCCUUCGCCACCGUGUCCUUCACCCCACAGACCAUGCAGACCUACCAGUGCAUCUUUGAGGCCACCUUGGAUGGCUUGCCCAGCAACCUGGCCAGGAACCGAGGCCUUGUGUUCGAUAUUGUCGGUGAGGGGAACCUCCCUCGGGUGACGGUCCUGAGGCCAAUUCUCCACAACCAGUAUGGAAACCCCAUGCUCCUCUUCAAGAGGCUUCUGCUCGGCCACUCUGAGAAACUGCCUCUCGUCCUCAAGAACAACGGCACCAUCCCUGCCCAGCUGCAUGUUGAUCUGCAGGACCAACUAGGAGUCUUCUCCCUCAAGGGCAGGCCUACGACCUCCUACAUCUACAUCAUAGAAGAAAACAAACCAAAUGAGAAAGCAAAGAAAGCUCACACGGCCUCACUGGUGGUCUCUCCUGGAGAUACGGCUGAGUUUGAUGUCUUUUUCCACUCGCAUAAGGUUGGCAGGAUGACAGGCACCAUCCACCUGUCUGUGAUCAACAACCAGUACGAGGAGACCAUCAUCUACAUGGUGGGAGAGGGCUACGAGGACGACAUCACUUUGGACAACAUUCAUGGGCUGGUGGCUGCCGGCAGCCAGGACGCCUCGAACUCCACUGAGGUCAUAGAGUUCUCAGAGGAAAACACCACGGAUGACUUGGUGGCAGCUGCCCUGGUGGACCACAUCCAGUUUGGAGACUGCCACAUUGGAAACAGCUAUAAUGUGAGCUUCACAAUUACCAAUCACAGCCAAGUGAACGUGAUACGGUUUGAAUGGCCUCUUUUAGCGACAGUGUCUUUCUCCCCACAAAUGGGCCACCUGCACCCUGGAUGUGCCAAGGACAUAGCAGUGACCAUGAAGUCAGACGUGCCCAUCAACCUGAGGAAGAUGGGGAUCAAGUGCAAGCUCUCCAGGAUCGUGUUUCAGCUGCCUUCUGACCAGAUCCCCGACUGGGACGACCGCAUGCGCACCGUCAAGUGGGUGGAUGUGCCCAAAAACACACCCGGGACUUUCACCGCGAAGCGAAAAGUGAUAGAGACGGAUCCUGAACCUGCGCAUUCUGUUCUGGAGGAAAACUACCGAGACCUGCAGCUCCAGAUCAGCGCCAACGUGGAUUACGCCUCAUACCAGUGCCAAACGGAUGACGUGUGCUUUAAGGAGACGCUGGUUUACCAGACCCGAGUGUUUGAGCUUGACCUGGUUAAUUCAGGAUGUGUGCAGCUAGAAUACAGCUGGGUCUCAGAAGAUGCUGCAAAGGCAGUCAGCUUUGCAAUGCCAGGAAACCAAGGUUCUGUUCAGAAAGAUCAGCUUAGUCAAAUCACGCCACGCUCGAGCAGCACUCUGGACAGCAGCGUGGACCACUGGACAGAAGGCUCUCCCUCGCCCUUCUCCGUGGAGCCCUCCGCAGGCGUCGUGCCUGUGGGGAAGACUCAGAAGCUCAAAGUGAAAUUCUCCCCCCUGGACACUGGCGAUUUCGAGAGCACCCUUUACUGCCAGAUUCCCAACCUGCCCCCUGGAAUGCAAGGUCCAGUCCUAGUAGUAAAAGGGCGGAGCUUCUUGCCUGUCUGUCAUUUCGACCUGAAGGACUCCGACUACAUCAGUGGUCAUCGGCGCAACCCAGAGCUCCGAGGGUCUGGGGCUGCCCCUCUGGAUCCAAACACCCGGGUGAUAGAGUUUACCAGUGUGGGCAUAGGAGGCAAGAAUCUCCGGACUUUCACAAUCCUGAACCUGACCAAUAGCACCUACUCCUUCUUCUGGAUCUCUGAGGAGCAGGAGAGUCUGCAGAACCCUCCGGCCUUCACGUGCCUCACGGAGAAGGGCUUCAUCCACCCUGAAAAGAAGGCCGAGAUUGUGUUCCAGUUCAUACCUUUCCAUCUGGACAUCACAGAGGCAUUAUGGACUUUCUUAAUCCCCGAACACAAUAUCUCGGUCCCCUUCCUGCUGGUAGGCAAAACCACUGACCCACUCAUCUCUCUUGACAAGUCACACCUCAACUUCAGUGCUCUCCUCAUCGGCCGAGAAGCCAGGGAGACUGUGCAGGUCAUCAACAAGGAGGAGCAGGGCUUCAGCUUUGCCAUCCAGGAUGACUCUCGCUACUCUGAAGCUUUCAGCAACUGCCUGGUGGUUUGUCCUAUGGAAGGCUGGAUCCCGCCACUGUCCAGGUUCCCAAUUGAUAUCUUCUUCACGCCAAAGCUGGAAGGAGAUGUGAACUUCAAUUUGAUCUGCAACGUGAAAAAGAAAGUCCACCCUCUGACACUGAACGUCAAGGCCGAGGGCUACACCAUGAGUGCAGAGGUCAAGUGCAAGGACAGGGCUGGCACCACCACCCUCUUGACUCCUAACCAGACCAACGUCGUCAACUUCUAUGAGGUGGAGUUAAAUGAAUGUGUCCAGUGUGAGUUCAGCUUUAUCAACACUGGGAAGUUCAACUUCAGCUUCCAGGCGGAGCUCUCUGGCUCCAAAGCUCUGCUGCAGUACUUGGAAUUUUCACCCAUCGAUGGCACCGUGGAUGUGGCACAGACGGUCCAUGCCACCCUGUCUUUCCAACCAUUUAAGAACUGUGUCUUGAAGGGCCUAGAACUCAGAAUCAAGAUCAGCCACGGCCCAACCUUUCUGUGCAGCCUUGCAGGCUGUGCUGUGAGCCCGGCUGUCCAUUUCUCCUUCACCAGCUACAACUUCGGGACCUGCUUCAUCUACCAAGCUGGGAUGCCUCCCUACAAACAAACCCUGGUCAUCACCAACAAAGAAGAAACGUCCAUGAGCAUAGAUUGCUUGUACACCAGCACCAGCCACCUUGAGGUGAACUUCCAUGUGGAUGUGCUGAAGCCAGGAAAGGCGCUGGAGGUUCCAAUCAUCUUUUAUCCCCGAGAAAGUAUCAGCUACCGAGAACUCAUCCCUUUUGAAAUAAACGGACUCUCACAGCAAACAGUGGAAAUCAAGGGGAAAGGCACUGAGUUGAAGAUUUCAGUCCUAGAUCCAGCCAAUAGGAUUGUGAAGCUGGGAGCUGUCCUGCCAGGACAGGUUGUGAAGAAAGCAGUUUCCAUCAUGAACAACAGCCUCACCCAGGUCACAUUUAGCCAGUCAGUCCUGUUCUCGAUUCCAGAGCUCCAAGAACCCAAGGUCAUCACCUUGGUGCCCUUCCAGAACAUCACCCUGAAGCCCAAGGAGGUCUGCAAGCUGGAAGUCACCUUUGCCCCGAAGAAGCGAGUCCCCCCCUUCUCCGAGGAGGUGUUCAUGGAGUGCGUGGGGCUCCUGCGCCCCCUCUUCCUGCUCAGCGGCUGCUGCCAGGCCCUGGAGAUCUCCCUGGACCAGGAGCAUCUUCCCUUUGGACCGGUCGUGUACCAGACGCAGGCCACACGACGCAUCCUCAUGUUGAACACUGGCGACGUGGGUGCAAGGUUUAAAUGGGAUGUCAAAAACUUUGAGCCUCACUUCUCCAUCAGCCCUGAAGAAGGCUACAUCACUGCAGGCUCGGAGGUGUCUUUCGAAGUGACCUACCAUCCCACCGAGGUGGGGAAGGAGAGCCUCUACAAAAACGUGCCUUGCUUCAUCCAGGGAGGCAGCCCUCUGAGCCUGACCCUAUCCGGACUCUGUGUGGGACCUCCCGCAGUCAAAGAGGUGGUGAAUUUCACCUGCCAGGUGCGCUCCAAGCACACGCAGACCAUCCUGCUCUCAAACCGCACCAACCAGACUUGGAAUCUGCACCCCAUCUUUGAGGGUGAGCACUGGGAGGGGCCUGAAUUCAUCACGCUGGAGGCCCAUCAGCAGAACAAGCCCUACGAGAUCACCUACCGGCCCCGAAACAUGAACCUGGAAAACCGCAAGCACCAGGGCACCCUCUUCUUCCCCCUCCCGGAUGGGACUGGCUGGCUGUAUGCUCUGCACGGGACUACUGAGCUCCCCAAAGCCGUGGCCAAUAUCUUCCGUGAAGUGCCAUGUAAGACACCCUACACUGAGCUCCUGCCCAUCACCAACUGGCUGAACAAGCCCCAGAGAUUCCGGGUCAUCGUGGAAAUGCUAAAACCAGAGAAGCCAGACCUCAGCGUCACCAUGAAGGGCCUCGAUUACAUUGACGUCCUGUCUGGCUCCAAGAAAGACUACAAGCUGAACUUUUUUUCUCACAAGGAGGGACUGUACAGUGCAAAGGUGAUCUUCCGAAACGAGGUGACCAACGAGUUCUUGUACUACAUGGUGAGUUUCAGGGUCACGCCUUCCGGCAUCAUCAGAACCCUGGAGAUGACAAGUCCCGUGCGACAGAGCGCAUCAACCUCCAUCAGGGUGGAAAACCCCCUGCCCUACUCGGUGACCUUCGCCACGGAAUGCCGCGUGCCCGACAUCAGCCUGCCGUCCCAGUUCUCCGUGCCUGCCAACUCCGAGGGCACCUUCUCGUUUGAGUUCCAGCCCCUGAAAGCUGGAGAGACCACGGGGAGACUGACCCUGCACAACAGCGACCUGGGCUACUACCAGUACGAGCUCAACCUGAAGGCCGUGCCGGCACCCCCUGAAAAGCCCGUGCACUUCCAGACCGUGCUCGGCAGCAGCCAGAGCAUCUUCGCCAAGUUCAUCAAUUAUACACGGCAGAAGACAGAAUACUACUGCAAGACAGACUGCCCGGACUUCCACACGGAGCGCGUCAUCAGCGCGGCAGCCGGAGCCCAGGGUGGCACGGAGGUCAGCGUGGAGGUGUGCUUCGAGCCCAGCCGCCUCGGGGAGACCAAGGGCAUCCUGAUUCUGUCCUCGCUCAUGGGCGGGGAAUACGUCAUCCCCCUCUUCGGGAUGGCGCUGCCCCCCAAGCCCCAGGGGCCCUUCCUGAUCCGAGCCGGCUACAACAUCGUCAUCCCCUUCAAGAACGUCUUCUACCACACCGUGAACUUCUCCUUCCUGGUGGAGAACCCCGCCUUCACCGUCCGCGCCACGGACUCCACGCGGCCCAAGAAGGUCAACAACAUCACCGUCUACUUUGAGGGAAACCCGUCGGGCAGCAAAACGCCCAUCACCUCCAAGCUGAUCGUCUCCUGCCCUCCGGGUGAAGGCAGCGAAACUGGCAUUAAGUGGAUCUAUUACCUGAAGGGGAUCACCCCUUAG